AUGAACUCCGCAUCACAGAAACAACUUUCCGACAUUGUCAAAACUAUCAGGUCAAUCCUGUUUGACGCCACCAUGGAAGCAGUAAAAAAUAAGCCGAGCGAUGUCGAGGCAAAAGCACUGUUUUGGCAACAAGAGAGCUUGCUGUCACAGGAGUUCAAUAAAGCUAAGGUUCUCAUACCAAAGGUCCGUGAGAUGCCUCUCUACAACAUCUUUAUGGAGAAGGUUAAGUAUGUCUGGGAAAUGGAAACAAAAGAGGACAAUGCCAUAGAUGAAGAGGAGGAGAAUGACAUGGAGGAAGAGGUCCCUCCGACGGCGAAAUAUCAGAGUCCCGGUCAAAUACCACAGACACCAAUGACAAAGAUUGGUCCUCCUCGGAUCCGGAUCCCGGCCAGGAAAGUCUUGUCAAAGGGGAAGGAAAGGGAGAAGGAGCCGAAGAGGAUCAAGCCGAGAUAUAGACAAGUAGAAGUGGUGAUCACAAAAAAAAGGUACACACAGAAUGUCCCAAGUCCCUCAAAGGGAAAAGGAAAGGCCAAGGAAACCCCCUUCAAGGACACCACCACGCCGAAGAAGAAAUCGAAACCAAUUCCUUAUAUGAGUGGUCACUUGUGUAACGUAAUACGCUGUGCGGAAUGCCUCAACAAUGUGAAGAAAGAGGGGCCACUGUGCUGUGUGAAGGAAGUCGACAAUCCGCGGGGAACGAAAUGGGCGCGCUGCUACUGGAGGUCCUUGGAGACUCGAAAAGCACUGUUAAAGCAUCAGUGGACCAAAGAUUCGUGGGCCCCACCAUCCAAGGAGGAGAUAGACAGAAUGGACCUCCAAGAACUGCUUGCGACACAAGUUAAGUGCACUGAGAUGUCUCUUGUGGUGGCAGAGACGCUCUGGGAUUUAAGUAAAAUCCGAAAGAAAAAAUUAAGUACUUGA